GGUUAACAAAACUUGAUUCUUUAUUAUUCCUUGGAUACAAAAAUUCAUUUAACAUUUCAAAUUUUCAAUAUCUGUAAAAUCUAAACUUGCAAUCUUUAUCCAGCUUAAUUCCCUCAAUUUUAUACGCUACUUAAAUUAAAGACGAGUUGUUAAAAUAAGAUGUGACUUGUGUAUAAAUACUUCGAGAUCUGUGUUCUCUUUCGUUCACUCCAAAGAGCAUCUCUUAAGUUGCUAAAGAGAACGACGCCAAUGGCUGAAAAGCAAAAGGUCUGUGUUACUGGUGCUGGAGGGUUUAUUGCUUCAUGGCUCGUCAAGUUUCUUCUCUCUCGUGGCUACACUGUCCAUGGAACCGUUCGAGAUCCUUGUGAUGAAAAGAAUGACCAUUUGAGGAAAUUGGAUAAUGCUGCACAGAAUCUGAAACUUUUCAAGGCAGAUUUGUUUGAUUAUGAAGGUCUUUUCUCAGCCAUUGAUGGUUGCUCUGGCGUUUUCCAUAUCGCUUCUCCUGUGCCUUUUGAAGGAGUUCCUCUCGCAGAGGAAGAACUGAUUAAACCAGCUCUCACUGGCACCAAGAAUGUUCUAAAAGCAUGCACAGAAACUAAAGUGCAGAAAGUUGUGGUUGUAUCAUCAAUUGCUGCAGUUGUCUACAAUCCAAAAUGGCCUCAAGAUGUUGCUAAGGACGAGGGUUGUUGGUCAGACACUCAAUACCUUCACUCACUUGAGGGUUAUUGGCCUUAUUACUAUCUGGCCAAAACAUUAACGGAACGUGAAGCUUUAGAGUGGAGGAAGAGAAACUUUGCUGAGGUUGUUACACUCUGUCCGUCUGUCACGAUAGGCCCUAGGCUACAAUCUACGCUUAACUCUAGUAGUUUGGGACUUCUCAAAUUCAUAAAAGGCGGUAUAAAGUCCUUGUUGAGCGAUCAACUGUAUCUUGUGGAUGUGCGUGAUGUUGCGGAUGCACUUUUGUUGGUGUAUGAAAAUCGAGAAGCAAAAGGAAGAUACAUAUGCAAUUCUCAUUCACUUCACAUUGAUACUCUUAUGGAGAAGCUCAAGAAUAUGUAUCCUAAACGCAACUUCCCUGAAAGUUUCACUGAGGUAAAAGAGAAGGAAGUGAGGCCUCUAAGUGCAGAGAAGUUGAAGAAUUUAGGGUGGAAGUUUAGGCCACUAGAAGAAACCAUUGAUGAUUCUGUUGUGAGCUUUGAAGUAGCUGGUAAUCUUCCAAAGGCAUAGCUUACUCACAGUGACUGUUUCUUCACAUUACAUAAAGUGGUUCCAUGAAAUGGUUUUUUGUUAGAAUCAUUUCAUUCUCAAAUCCACUAUCUAUCAUCAUAUUGGUGUUCUUCUUUGUAAAACUUCAGAUAUUUAUCACUUUCAGAGUCUCACGGUUUCUUUAUAUCUCAAAACAAUUUGGUUUUUAUUGGA